AUGGGAAGUAUUCCAAAAAAAAUUCGAGCGGUGUCUGCGGCAGAAGAUGAUGAACAGAUUGAUAGACCGGCACCGCCGGCGUGUCUGAAACCGCUGACAUCAAGUGAAGUCCCAGAUCCAAGUAGUAGCAGUGGACCGAAUGGAUUGGGUGGUGCUGACCCUACGGGUGUGGCAGGUGGUCAGCCUCAUUCAAGGACAUCAAAGGAAGAGGAAUGGAUGGCUGCUCCAAGUAAGGGGAAGGCCAGUACUAGGAAAGUCCAGAAGGAUGCAUCUAGUAUCUCUAAGCAAAACAACAAUCUGGGAAACCAGGGAUCAAGGUUUGGUAUUUUGCAGGAGGUAAUUGAGGGUGAUUUUGAGGAGAAGAGGGAAUUUCAUGUGCGUAAGGGCCCUAUUGGUGGAGGAGAUACACUGACUGAGGUGGUUAACAGUGAGGAGGGGAGUGGUCAGAAAGAACCGGAACAAAUGGCUGAAGAUGGUGGUGUAUUGGAGAUGGAUGGAGUUGAAGUGGAGAAUGAAGUAUCUAGUACUCCGAGGACCAUCGUUUUAUCGGCGAUCUUUGUUUUGGAUGCAUUGAAGCAUAAUGUUGUCCAUGUCAUGGAUAAUCCUAUUUUCUAUGACAAUGAUUCCUCCCGGCCGGAUGAUUUUUUUGAGAGGCAGGAUAUGUGUAUGGAGACGGAUGGUUUGGCCUCUUUGUCGGAUGCGUCAGUGUCGGUGUCAGGUGAUCCGGAGGAGCUCAUGGCCAUAGGGACUACGGUCCCAAGUUCGGUUUAA